AUGAAACAGAAGACAGCGACAUCAGGAAAGGAGAAGGCAACACGACCAAAAGCACACGACAAUACGUCAACCUCCAAAGCAUCAUCAUCAUCAUCAUCAUCAUCAUCAUCGUCAAAAGGCAAGAAUCCACAACCAUCAUCAUCAUCAUCAUCGUCAAAAGAGAAGAAUCCACAACCAUCAUCGUCAAAAGAGAAGAAUCCACAAUCAUCAUCGUCAAAAGAGAAGAAUCCACAAUCAUCAUCGUCAAAAGGCAAGAACAUACAACGAUCAGAAGCGUCAUCAUUGUCAAAAGGAAAGAAUGUACAACGAUCAGAAGCUUCAUCGUCAAAAGGCAAGAACGUACAACGAGCAGAGGCUUCAUCGUCCAAAGAUGAGAAUGCACAGCCAUCAGAAUCCUCAUCAACGAGUGCCGAAGCAAAAGAAAACACUGAUGAGACACCACAAACAAUUCUUGCAAAGAGACAACACUCAACAUCCGAUCAAGAAGAAGGGCAAAGGAAACGACCCAGGGAAAGGUUCUCAGAGAUUGAUGUGGAAAUCUUCUUUGACUAUUGGCGUCGAGCACGCAGCAAUGAUCGACCUAGUGGCACUACAAGGCGAUUGACAGAGAGAUACAUGGAAGGACGACAACAACAAAAGGAAACGAGAGAACAAGACGUGGAUUGGAUUUGGUUUGAUGUCCUCGACAAGUUUAUGAAGCGACUACAAACCACCAAGCAACUUGAUUUGGAUCAUUUAUUGGACGAAAAUGAACCAGCGUUUUCAUGGAAUAUACCACCCUUGGUCACAGCAAAAGACAACCUUCCGCGACUAGAGCCGAUGACAGAAGAGGAGGUGAUGGAUAUUUUUAAGGACCCCGAAGAACAGGAUCUUUCUGAUUUGGUAAAGUGGACCGAACUUGCAAGCGAUCGGAUCGACAAGUGUUACAACGAAGCAAUGGAGAAUUCAAGUGAGAUGAAGGCAUACAUGGGUCAAUACGCCGAUCGUUUAAGUGAUUUCAUUUUCAAAUUUAAACAAAGUAGUAGUAGUUCAGCUAAAAGUAGUACAUGA